AUUAGAUUCCAAAAUCAGGCUUGCUUCACCCAACUAAACAGUCUUUAUUGUCAAAGCGUUUUAUUAAGCUACCUAUGCGCGUCAAUCUUGGAAUAUUGAUAUUACUAGUAGCUAACAAAUAUUAUUAACUAUGUUUAGAACGGAUAGAUAGGUUGCUCUUGAGUUAAUCUCAGGUGAUUAGAGAACUUCACAGAAAACUGGAUAAACACAUGCAACACCACGCACAGGUACUGCAGCAGGGAGCACUGUCUGUCUGAGCUAAUAAUGUUAGCAAGUCCGCUAGCUAGCUACCAAGCUUGCCAGAGCCGAGCCUUCAAACAAACGGUAGUCUAAUCGAAUCAGUGCAUUAAUGACUUAACGAUUCAUAAUAUUUAUUGUGGCGUGCUAGCAAAGUACAUUGCUACACAACACAAGGGAAACAUGGCUUGCUACAAACAACUGUAGAAAUGCUUUAUUCAAUUAUUUAACUCUAGCUGUGAUAGGGAACAAGGAAAUUGCUACAUUUGAUCGCCGGUGGUGAUAUAAGGACAGUUGGACAUCUGUUUUCUAAUGUGUGUUCGCUGAUUAGUUUCUGCAGAAUGCGUUGCAGCGUUACACUGGCCUGGGGCGAGUGACAUUGCGGUUGCAUAUGACCGCGUGAAAAGUGUUCGGUGUCAUAGAAACCAUCCUCUGUCGAAAGAGGGGUGACCUGUGCAAUAUUUCAAAUGGAGAAUGGAGACUGGCGAUAUAUGAUGACUGAUCCAGUAAUGCUGAACGUGGGAGGCUGUUUGUACACCACGUCCCUGUCAACCCUACAGCGCUACCCUGAUUCCAUGCUGGGUGCCAUGUUCCGUGGAGACUUCCCCACCACCAGGGACGCCAAGGGACACUACUUCAUCGACCGAGACGGCCCACUCUUCCGCUACGUACUCAACUUUCUCCGCACCUCCGAGCUGACGUUGCCCUUCGACUUCAAGGAAAUGGAGCUUCUCCGCAAAGAGGCCGACUUCUACCAGAUCGAGCCUCUUAUCCAGUGUCUGGGGGACACCAAGCCCCUCUACCCUUUAGACACCUUCGAAGAGGUGGUGGAGCUCUCCAGCACCCGCAAGCUAUCCAAGUACUCCAACCCCGUGGCGGUGAUCAUCACCCAGGUCACCAUCACCACCAAGGUGCACGCUCUUCUGGAGGGGAUUUCCAACAGCUUCACCAAGUGGAACAAACACAUGAUGGACACCAGGGACUUCCAGGUGUCCUUCACCUUCGGGCCGUGCGACUACCACCAGGAGGUGUCUCUGAGGGUGCACCUGGUGGAGUACAUCUCCAAGCAGGGCUUCACCAUCAGAAACACGCGCGUGCACCACAUGAGCGAGCGGGCCAACGAGAACACCGUGGAGCACCACUGGACGUUCUGUCGGCUGGCGCGCAAGGUGGACGACUAGACUGGCUGACCGAUUAGUGUCGGGGGGACACAAACAGCUGGGACACACACGCAUGCCUCAGACGUUCAAAUACACCUGUCUGGCACACACAUGUACUAUGUCUACGUGUCAUCAGGGUUUCCCGCAGAAAAUGUGUUGGUUAAGGUGGGAGGGUGGGGUUUGCCGGCGGAGCGCGGGGGACGUUUUUCCUCCAAUGCGUUUUUCCUCCAAUGCGUUUUUCCUCCAAUGCGUUCUGCAGAGAAGGGAGACUGGUGUUUGUCACGGUUUGGAAUGGAGGGGAGAAAACAGGAGUAACACGGCAGAUAUUGCUCAUUAAAAUUAAAAAAUGUUUUACAACGUAGUUAAGGCGGCAGGCGUGUGUUGCUUAGGUGGCCGCCUUAACUGCAAAGUGCUGCGGGAAACCCUGGUGUCAUUGUAGUAGUAGUGCCAAUACCCAAAUAACAUUCUAUACCUCUACAGUUUAGAUGUAGGAGAACUAAUCAGUGUGGUGAAAACUCUUUCAUGGGGAAAUAUGUACCAUACUGGAUAUUUCUAUGAUCACUGACAGGUUUUCCGUGGGAAUUGGAACAUAGUGUCAAUUUGACCUUCAACAAGUGGGUCCUAGCUUGAACUUGACUGCAUGUGGUACGUGAUGAUAAUGAUUAUUACACGUACAGUAAUUAUUGAAUGCCUUUUUUUCCCUUCUAAAUCCCUUAAGGGCUGAAAUUAUACUAUUUUCCCUUUCAUCAAAUUACGAAGAACAAGAAUUAAGUCCAAAACAUUUAUUAAGUGUGUAGUGUAAAGAUUUCUCUCUUUAUUGGGUAAAAUAUGUUAAGCUCAAAACACAGUAUGGCUGUAAACCAAUGUUUCUAGUAGGAUUACAUUCUCUUUGUCAGUCCAUAGAGUUCUAUAUCAGUUGAUAGGCCAAUAAGUAAUUUAAAUAAAUAUAAAAUCAAUGUUUCCUGUGAAUGGUUGUGAAGUGCUGGACUGAUGUUUAAGGUGAAAUACUGUGUAACAUAUGUUCAACUCAACUGUAAUACAUAUCGGUCGGACUCAUUGUUUUUGUCCUUGUAAACAACUUGUAUAGGACCAUUCAGGGACUAAUACUGAGAACAGCAUAGCCUUAUCCUGAUAAUGCAUUGUAUCUGACUCCUCAAAGUAGGUCCAAUGUGUAACUUCAUCUAUCCCUAUUUAAAAUAAAGUCUUAAAUGGU